GACCACCCUCUCUAUCCCCGUUGGCCAUUUCUUGCCCACUAGAUUGAUCUUGAGGUGACUCUUGAAUAUAUAUGGAGAUUUAGCGCAGAGAUAGAGAGAGAGAGAGAGAGAGAGAGAUUUACUGCGUAAUAAUUUCUGGGCAUUAUCUCAUUUGGGAGUUUUAUUUAUGGAUGGUUUUGAGUAUUUUGGGUGAAUUUACAUGCUGGGUCUUAGUAGGGUUUAAGAAAAGAAUAGAAAAUGGGAGGGAAGCGAGAGGAGAGUAGAGAGUAGAAAAGCAAAAGAGAAGUGGUCUUUCUCAAUAUACUAUACUAAUACACAGAUCCCUAUGGAAUACGAGUUUGCUAGCUUGUUACCCAGCAUUGCUUUGAUGGAAUUCAUUCUUUUUGUUUAGUUUAAAGGGACCAGUUUUGUUCUCUUGGGGGAAGAGAGAGAGAGAGGGAGAGGUUCUGUGGGGAUGUUCUUAGAUUGAAGCGAAGAGGAGAGAGUUCAGCUGUGAGAAAAUACUCUUCCAUGAGUACUGCUGCUGCUAGACUACAAAAACCCACAAGGUUUUCAGGGAACUUCUAAAAAAAAGGAAGAGAGAGAGGAAGAGAAAGAGAGAGAAGCGAAGAAGAUGAAGUCCAUGAACGAGAACAACAAUGGGGGCAGUAGUAAUAAUAACUGGUUGGGUUUUUCUCUUUCUCCCUACAUGAAAAUGGAGGUUGCAGCUUCUUCAGAUCCUCAGCAUCAUCAUCAUCAUCACCAGUUCAACCAUCAUCAACCUCCAACCAGCUUCUAUCUUUCGCCUUCCCACCUCAAUAGCUCCACAAUCUGCUAUGGAGUUGAUGACAAUGGCGGCUUCCACUCAUCCUUGUCUAUGAUGCCACUCAAAUCAGAUGGUUCUCUCUGUAUCAUGGAAGCCCUAACGAGAUCACAAACAGAAGGGAUGGUGCCGUGUUCUUCCCCUAAACUGGAGGACUUUCUGGGUGGUACAACAAUGGCAGCCCAUCAAUAUGGCAGCCACGAAAGAGAAGCAAUGGCUCUCAGCCUAGACAGCAUCUACUACCACCAAAAUGCUGAGCAAGAAACCAGCAGGCACCAUCACUCUUUAGAGCUUCUUCAUCAAGAGCCAUUCUUUUCUGGACUCUCUUGUAAUGGAAUGUAUCAGCCACCAUUAGAGGAAGAAGCAAAGGAGACCCAGAUUCCAGAUUGUGAAACCCAAAUUUCUGGAAUGGCUGGAGAGGAAAUUCCAGGCCUUAAAAACUGGGUUUCUGGCCACUACUCAGAGCACCAUUUGGAGCAACAGCUGCUUGAUGGAGAAGCUGCUUGUUCUGGGGCGGCUGGUGCAGUAAGCUGUGGGGAUUUACAGUCUCUUACCUUGUCCAUGAGCCCUGGUUCUCAGUCUAGUUGCGUCACAGCCUCGAGGCAAAUCUCACCCACUGGAGUUGAAUCCAUGGCCAUUGAAACUAAGAAGAGAGCCUCUGCAAAAGUUGCUCAGAAGCAGCCUGUUCAUAGGAAGUCCAUUGACACAUUUGGGCAGAGAACUUCUCAGUAUAGAGGGGUUACAAGACAUAGAUGGACUGGUAGAUAUGAAGCCCAUUUGUGGGACAAUAGUUGCAAGAAGGAAGGACAGACAAGGAAAGGAAGGCAAGUUUAUCUUGGGGGCUAUGAUAUGGAAGAAAAAGCAGCUCGAGCUUAUGAUCUUGCAGCUCUUAAGUACUGGGGACCCGCAACCCAUAUUAACUUCCCGCUGGAGAAUUACCAACAAGAACUCGAGGAAAUGAAGAACAUGACCCGGCAAGAAUAUGUUGCUCACUUGAGAAGGAAAAGUAGUGGGUUCUCAAGGGGGGCAUCCAUGUACAGAGGAGUGACAAGGCAUCAUCAGCAUGGGAGAUGGCAAGCUCGGAUAGGCAGAGUUGCGGGCAACAAAGAUCUUUAUCUUGGGACAUUCAGCACUCAGGAGGAAGCGGCUGAAGCUUAUGACAUUGCUGCAAUCAAGUUCCGGGGUGUGAAUGCUGUCACCAACUUUGACAUAUCACGAUACAAUGUCGAGAGGAUCAUAGCCAGCAAUACCCUUCUGGCCAGGGAGCUGGCCAAGCGGAGCACAUCGACAGAACAAAUCACCAAGCCCGUUGAAUAUGGCCCAUCUUCUCAGAACAAUGAGCCGUCCCUCCAGCCAGAGAACAACAAUGGAACUGGUUCAGAUUGGAAAGUGGUGUCUCUUAAUGAGAAACAGCUCUGCAUUGGGAAUUACCGCAGCUCCUCCUUCACAACAGUACUGCAAGAUUUGAUUGGGAUCGAUCCAGUGAACCCGAGCCAAGGGAUCAUUGAUGACUCGGCCAAGCUGGGGGCUCACUUCUCCAAUCCUUCCUCGCUUGUCACCAGCUUGAGCAGCUCGAGGGAAGGCAGCCCGGACAAGGCUGCUGCCCCAUCGAUGCUCUUUGCCAAGCCUGUGAGUUCGUGGAUCCCAUCAGCCCAGCUGAGGGCAGCUGCUCCCAUCUCCAUGGCUCACUUGUCUGAUUUUGCUGCUUGGAGUGAUCCAUAGAAGCUUGCUCUAUCUUGGUUACAUGUAAAGUUUUGCAUGAACAAAAAAGGAAAGAAAAUUGAUGUUGGGGUGGGGAAAAGGUAGCUAUAGUAGUAAGAUUUUACCUUGUCUCUGCUUUUUUUUUUUUUUUUCCUUCUCUCUUUCAUGUCGUUAGUGGAUGAAAUUAGUGUUGAAAUGAAAGACAAGGGUGGGGACCCUUCUCCUGGCUGUAACCCAAGUGUUGGGAAUCCUUUUUUUGGUUUUUCUAACUGAACCCUUUUCGCUCAUCUUGGGAUGAAGGUUUUUCCAAACUAAUGGAGGGAAUUAUAGCUUAUGAGGGGAUUAUUAUAAUGAUUAAGUAAAUGCGAAACUGA